AUGUCGAGUCAAACAGCUCCAGUCAUCCCUCCCCGACCGUCAAGAUCACCUCAACAAGGCCUUGCACCUUCCUCAGCAGACAUGCCUAGGAUCCCUCCUCGUCCUACCCACCGCAUUGAGCGCUCAGUGUCUCCCUACCGCGAUAGCUAUGCACCUUCUCCUUUGAAUGAACUGCCCAAUGGUUCGGGCGUGAAGCGUACCCCCUCGACCGAUCUGCCUCCCCGUCCUCCGAGUGUCACAAUUCCCUCUCUGGGUGAAGAGGGUAUCGAGUACGAAGACUUGGAUGUUGGCAACGCCUCCGACGCCCACCAGUCGACCCCCGCGGAAACACGUAACGUGGGAAGCGAUCUCAAGCUCCAUGCGCCAAGGCCAUCAUUACCCUCCUCCAGUGCCAAGGCCAAGGUGCAGGCUGUCACACGUACAGAUUCUCGUCAAGCUGCAGCAGCCGGUCUGGGCCGUGCCGGGUCUCCUCUUCAUGAUGAUCAUGCCGAAAGGCCCACUCGCUCAUCGCAUUCGCGGGCUAGUGGCUCACGCGCCGAGUCUUCAACCGCGUCCGCAGAUCGCAGACAGUCACUCCACGGUGAUGAUCACGGAAUUCCCGAGAUUGGGCAGAGAGUGCCCAUGUACCCCAACGCGGGCGAUGUCCAGGCUCCGUCUCCAAGUCCAUACAUCGUGGAGCACCAGCAGCAACGUCCAGGUCGGAGUCACAACAGAACCCGUAGUGGUCGUGAGGCCUCUCUGCCACCCGGAAGUUAUGGCCUGCAUGGGCACGGUGUACCUACAAACGACAAGUUUGAAAAAGCGUGGUACGAGAAGCACCCUGAGGAAUACGUCAAGGAAGAACAAGGCCAAUAUGGUCCUGGUGUUGGCACGCCUAGACCAGAUUGGGCUUUGAGCAGUGACGACCUGAACAAGAUUGUUCGAGGUUCUGCUGUCACUGGCUCUGGACUUGGUACUUCGCCUGCUGUGGCGGGAACUCCAGAGGAGGAAGUUGGCUACAUUGCCUCUGAUGAGUAUACGCAUCGCUUGUCAUCGCCACCUCCCGAGUCACGUCGGGAUUCUCGUCCGGCCUUCGAGUCCCCACUCCGCAAGUCCAGCUUACCAGCCGCAGAGUCCCAGGCACAACAGGAUGAGGCUGUGGAGAAAGAGGCAGUUGAGAAGCCACAAGAACCUCGAGUGAUUCAUGUUGACGAGCCGUACCACCACUUGCACCAUCCCGAUGGUUUCGCCCAGACUCCGGAUCCGGAAGAGCUUAACCGCGGCUUUGCUGAUGGCAAUGAAAACGACGAGCCCAUAUUGGCUGCCGACGAAGUACGCCCUGAGUCGGCCUACCAGCAUCCCGCUGUCUCUCCUUCGUUUGAACGGAGUGGUAAUGUUGAUUAUGAAGGCAGAAGUCACACACCUAGCGCCACGCACAGUAGAUCUAACAGCAGGGCUGCUAGUGUACAGAGUGGUAUGCCCGCUUUGACGCGAUAUGACUCGCGCGAAGAGCAUGGAGGCGUCUACACUCCUCUUGAAGAUGUCGAAGAAUAUGAGCCCCUGUUCCCUGAGGACGAUGCUAAGGACAAGAAGACUGUCUCAACUGCAGAGCGCUUCAAGCAGCGUCCGGAGCUCAAACAUCGGUUCCCUAGCCAGGAUAUCUGGGAAGAUUCGCCUAACAGUCUGCAGCUGCACGCUACGGUGUCUACCCCGGAGGGCCCCAAGCAGGAGGUGUUUGAGACUCCUGAGCAAGAGUCUUUCCGUAGAAGCCACGCGAGUCACUUGGAUCCCCAUCAGGUCGCAACACAGAUUUUGGAAUCCGAAGAGCAUGACGAGAAGCCCCCCGCUCGACCGGAAGUGGCCAAGCAGAGAUUCCCCAGCCGUGACAUCUGGGAGGACGCCCCUGAAAGCCAUACACUAGUGACGACCAUAGAACCGUCAGAGGAAGAGGUCAAGAGCCCAGAAGUCCCCUCAAAGCCGAGCAUCCCACUACGUCCUCAGAAGCGCCCGCAGCAGACAACAGCAGUAGAUACAUCAACGAAGCCGGUCACCUCACCUACUGAAAAGCGUCAACCUCCAGUCAUCCCGGAUAGACCCAAGCCUCAGAUUCCAGCCCGUCCAGCCAAGCCUAUCUCUCGUGCAAGUCCCGAAGAGUCAAAGGAUAUCGCUCCCAAGCCCAAACCAGCCGUACCGGCGCGUCCUGGCGGUAGUAAGAUUGCUGCACUGAAGGCAGGGUUCCUGUCGGAUUUGAACUCACGGUUGCAGCUUGGCCCGCAGGCCCCUCCCAAGCCUCAGGAGAAGAAGAAAGAGGAAGAAGCCGCCCCGGUAGAGAAACAACCAUUGAGUGAUGCUCGGAAGGGCCGCGCCCGUGGACCCGCGCGGAGAAAGCCUGCCGUUGAGAAGGCCAGCACGAGGUUACCCACUAUUCCUGAGGUCAGAAUCACCACAACGUUGAAUGUCUGGCAAGUUGGUGAAGACGGUAACUUGGUCGUUGGAUCUGAAGCCAACUCUGCUGUUCCUGAUACCAAGCCCGAUACCAUGGCUCCAGCGAUCGCAAAGAAUAUCGCCGGUGAAUCUGUUGAUCCGCAGCCAUUGCCGGAGAAGGAAGAGGAUGUCUCAGCUUCACCGAAGGACACAACAGUCACUGAGUCCAAGGAGCCUACAUUCACCGAGGCUGCCCACUCAAUACCAACUGACAGUGCGGCUGAGCCAAGCCCCGCUGUAGAACCCGUGGUCAAGGAGAAUGUCCCUAUUGCCAAAGAGACCUCAUCCCCUGAGCAAGACGUCGACAACGUCGCCGAAACCCUAGCCGCCUCUGCAGACGGCAAAAGGCCUUCGGAAGGUGACAUUGGCGAGACCCAGUGA